AUGAGAAAUAUCUGUGUUAAAAGGGAAGAAACUUUUGUGAAGGAAAAGGACCUCCUACAACAAGAGAUAGCACGCAGAGAAGAAGAUAUUAAAAAACUAAAUUUGUCAUUACAAAUUGAAACACAAGAAGAACACAUUAUCAUCCUGAAGAAGAAGACAAAACUACUGCAAAACAGAGUGAACACAUUGAACGAAACUGUCGAGGUACUGAGACGUAAGUCUGCUGUGACCUUAGGCGUUAGAGGUGAACCCAGUCACCAACUUAAGCAGUUGAUUGAAAAAGAAGCGCAAUUGGAACAAGAAUAUGAUGAGACUCAAAAAGAUCUUAAUAACCAUGACAAGCUGUUGAGCGGUCAUCAGGUGAAUAUGACGGACUCUCCAACAACCAGAGGACUCUCUACUUUGUCAACAGACAAGUUUGAAAACGAAGAGGUUACGGUUCGUAAACACAGUAAGUGAGCUAAGCGUGCGGUUUCUACCGAAAAUGUCACUUCACUGACAACAAAAGAGAGGAU